AUCGUCUUAAAAUUAUUUUCUCAUUCGUUGAUUUUCCUCUCGAUAGCCGAGUGAACUCUACAAUGAAAUUAUUCCUGGUCGCUGUAUUGUCUCUCGCCGUCCUUUCUCAGGCGGCUGAGAUUCCGAUGAAGAGAAACCUUCGCCCGAGGUCCGAACUCUUUCCCCGUGCCCCAGUGGCUCCCGGCCCGGGUCACAUCGUCGUGACAGAACCGGCCAAGCCAGUCGACAUGCGUGGCUUCUGUGGUCAGGCCAAAGUCGAUUCCAGCCGCAUCGUUGGCGGAGUGGAGGCCGUUCCCCACGAGUUCCCUUGGCAAGUGGCUGUUACCAUCGACGGAAGCAGCUUCUGCGGAGGCACCCUCAUCUCCGACGAGUGGGUCAUGACCGCCGCCCAUUGCGCCGACGGAGCCAACCGCUUCACCCUUUUAUUGGGCGCUCACGACCGAACGGUGGCCGAGCCAUCGCAGUUGACCAUCGAAACCACCGCUCACGCCACUCACCCCAACUGGAAUCCCUCGACUCUGGCCAACGACGUCGCCCUGAUCCGCUUGCCGGAGCCCAUCACCUUCACUCCCGAAAUUUCUCCACUGUGCAUGUCGCCGGCCACGGAACCCGAUCACGUUGGCGACACCCUCUUGGUCUCCGGAUGGGGUAAGACUGCCGAUGGCGCCUUCCAGUCGAUCUCUCCGGUCCUCAUGAAGGUGACUGCUCCGGCCAUCUCGACUGCCGAUUGCGCUGCCACUUAUGGCGACAUCAUCACCGACAACAUCCUCUGCAUCGACACCACCGGCGGACAUGGAUCCUGCAAUGGCGACUCUGGCGGCCCGUUGAGUUUCGACAACAACGGUGUUUACAACCAGGUCGGUAUCGUCAGCUUCGGCUCCUCCGCCGGAUGCACCAGAGGUUUGCCCGCCGGAUUCACCCGCGUUUCCAGCUACGCCCAAUGGAUUUCCCUGGUUACCGGCUUGGUCAUUUAAAAUCAUCAAAAUUUAUCAUUUCAUCUUUCCUUCCUUCUCCUCUCACAAUUUCUCCUACAGACAAAAAAAAAAAAAAAAUUUCAUUUCACAUUUAACCUAAAUACAUUGCAAUCUUUUUCUCCGUGUAAAAAGAAAUCGA